AUGGAGACCCACCCGGUUUCCCUUCCUGCUGUGGCAGUUGAACUGAUCGAGCUGAUUGCGGAUCUUGUCGACUCUGACGAUCUGCGGAGCUUGCGUCUAGUUUGUCGUGAGCUCCAACGGAAAACAUUCCACCAUUUCGCCCGACGUUUCUUCUCAUCCAUCAAAACCGAUCUCUCGGACACCAGCCUACGCCGCAUCAACGCUUUGUCACGAUAUCCCGCCUUAUGUCCCUAUGUGCAUAGCCUAGCAUUCGGCAACUAUAAUGGUAUCGGUCGCGGGUUGGUUUGGGAUCGCCAUCCUUGGGGUCCGCUAUCAGCACCGCUGGAGAUGGAGGCAAUCCAGUCCCUGCGUGAUACUUUGAUGUUGAAGCUCACCAACUGUCGGUCCUUUUUCAUUCUUUGUCGAUACCCCGAGGGCCACCCAGACUUCAGCCAUGUUACGAUCACAGAUGCGGUAGCAGUAUUUUUUGCGUUGGUCGUCGACGCUCCUUUACCGGUCAUGUCUUUUCACCUCGUCUAUGCAAACAAAUGUUCGCAGACUCUCAUCAUGGACAUGCGCCGCUUGCCAAAAUUACUUUACCGGCAACCCCGGUUUCGAGUCGUCUGGGGAAAUUUACAAAAACUCUCCUUGGAACAAUAUCUCACUCUGGAUAAUUUCGGGUUUUUGUUGGAGCUAGUUCUCAGUACGCGGAAUCUCCGAGCUCUUCUCUUAAACCUCGGCUCCCACGGCCUCGCUUAUGAGUUCAUGCAUGAGCUGGCCGAGUCAGGCACAUUUACUCGACUACAAGAGCUUGCCUUGUUCCGGACUUCGAUCAGAGCAACGGAUCUUCUAAAGCUCCUUGGCCGCCUUCGUGGGAGCCUCAAUGCUCUCACAUUCUACUACAUCUCUGUGGCGUCCGUUGAUAGUUGGGCUGGUGUUUUCAAAGAGCUCCGGGAAAACUUCCCAGCUCUGCAGAGGGUAUCACUAUCUUACCUUUGGGCCAGCACGCCGGCGAAGGGCCUCUUAUCAUUCCCAGAUCUUCAGAAAGAGUCUAUUUUAUGCGACCCAUCGGGCCAGCAUUUAAACCUCUUUUAUUCGGAGAGUUCUAGGACUACGUCUGUGUUGGGCGUUGAAUAUUCCGGGUCGAAGAUAUCGCAAGUAUUGGGUCUACUGCAAACAGCCGCCGAGUUAACUUGA